UCUCCUCGUGUUCUGAUCCAAGAAGGGAAAGGGGGAGUCCUAGGUAAUGAAGUACGUGCGCAACUGCGAGCAGUGCCGGAGGCGCAAGCUCAAGUGCGACCGCGUUAUUCCUUGCGGACCGUGUAAGUUGAGAAAUGUCACUGAGCAGUGCACCUUUGCGCCAAAUGCACAAAAGCCGUUGGAGAAGCCACUGCAGAGGAAGAGAAGGAGAAGGGGGUCGAGGGAGGCGCAGGAGCCCGGCGACGAGGAAGACUGCGACGACGACGGGAUGCUCUUGCCCGACGACGAGGAGCUGCUGCAGCUUUGUGCAGAACAUAUUUUCACGGAGGAUACAGCCAUCUCUCACUUUAUCGCAAAGGAUGACUUGGAGAAGAGGGUCCAUGCUCGGCGGCAUAAGCAUGACCCAGCAUUUAGGGCAGUUCUGCUUGCCCUCUACGGCGUUGUGGUGUCUAUGUUUGAGGAAGCUCCCUCACUAGAACCUCGAAAGCUGUUCGAAGCUUGUCAGCGCGACCUCGCCCGGUCUGACCCAGACACGUGCCCCUGCCUCGAUCAGGUUCGAGCAUACUUUCUGCUCGUUGUUGGGCUCGGCCUUGCGGCGGGACCUUAUGUCGCAGCCAGCUUGCUCAGCAGAGCAUGUUACUUGUCGCAGAUUCUUGACCUGCACGUCGAACCUCGAGCUUCGCUGCCUCAUGCCGAGAAAGAAGACCGAAUACGGCUCUUUUCAACCAUUUGCAAGGCUGAUUGGUUCAGUGCCACGGGCCUGUGUCGGAACUUCUACCAUAUCCGACCCAGCGCCGUCUUAUUUCCCUCGUUGUUUGGAUCUUCCUCCCAACGUGCAUCCUUUCUCGAACCUGGCUUCUGGAUCUCCAUGCAGAUGGCAGACUUGUCCCGUGAGAUAUCUGACAGAGAUGGGAUGGAGCCCAAAUUGGCGUACGAGGAGACCAUGCGUCUUCAAUAUGGCCUGCUGGGCUUUGAGUCAGCACUGGCAGACGAAACGGACCCUUUCGUAGCACCGCGAGAGAGAUCGAAGCGCAUGCAGGAUCGUAUGGGAAUUGAACAUCUUCGCUUUGCCUUACACAAGCCUUUCUACCUCGAAGGAUGGCAUGACGCAGCAAGGCGGCCUUCGCGCGACAUUUGCUUCAGGAGCACCGUCAAGUAUCUGCAGCUGUUGCAUCGCCUAUUUACCUCCACAAUCGCAGCGUCCGAAGAGGAAGGGCUGCUUCCGGAUAGCCGACACUUCACUCGUCUUUGGUACCACGUUUUCAAGGGCAUCCAAUGUGCACUCAUCAUCAGCCGCCAUCUCGCGCUCCUGGACGAGCACCGAAUCGAAGGAGGAUGGGAUUAUGACACCGAAAGAAACGUCGCCACAAAGACGCUCGCUUCGACUCGGCAGAUUCUACGCGAGCUCUCGGUGCGGUCGGCCGUGGCGAGGCAAGGUCUCGAGGCCCUCAAGGAUCAAGCCAUGAAUUCAUCUGCACUGCAUGUGGGACAACCUUUCCUUUUUGAUCCGCUAGGCCCUCAUCAGGUACCCUCGUCACCCGAUAGUGAGACGCCGGCUGCGCAAGACGUGACGGCUGCUGCUACUGCUGCACCUUCGUCUUCUUCUCCAUCCUCUUCCUUGGCCCCUCAGAGACAUUCGACAAGCAGCUGUGAUAACAAUCUUCCAGACUUAUUUCCGGCAUCUAAAGCAUCAGGCAACACAACCAUCUCGCAAGGAGGCUCUUUUAUCGAAUUCGACCUGGACGAAUUUCUUAGCAACACGACAACCGAUAAUGACUUUUGGGGACUCUUUUCAUGGCUGGACCCGACCUUGUUGAACAGCAGAAUAUAAAGAUUGACAUUUGUAAUUCAGACCAGCGCACUGUUGGUGCCUGCAAUCUACAGCUCGUCUUCCUCUCGAAGUAGCCAGGCAAGAGGAAGACAGGACCAAAGAAAGACGGCGGCCAAAACUGGCGCUGUCUCGAGAGCCGCAAAGAGGUGUUCGUUGAGGCUGAUUGGGCUAAGCUCUCCAGGAGAGGCUUCGGCCAGUCGGAAUGUCGUUCGAAGAAAGACAAGGAGGGAGGACGCGAUGAGGA